GGAAUAUAUAUCUGAACCCAUUUUACUUUUUCCAAUACUAAUUAAAUCAAUAAUAUUUUCUGAUCUUUUCAAAUUGUUCCCAUAUAGGUAGUAGUAGAAUGGAAGGUAGUAAUCGUACUGUUCUUUUGUUGUUCUGUCUCGUUCUUUCAUGCUUUGUGGCUCAAACUCACGGGAAGCAGAAAGAACAAGGUAUCCCUCUCUACAAAUAUUCCGGGUUAAAGCCCAAGUCAUCUGGGGCACUCGACGCGAGUCUUUUCGAGGUCGAAAAGUCUGCCAAUCCAGAUAAUAUUCAUAUACCUCAGGAGGGCUCCAAGGAGGGUGACAAGAUCGGGAAUCUGCCUGGACAGCCUCCGGUGGACUUCUCUCAGUAUGGUGGAUAUGUUACGGUGAAUAAAGUUGCCGGUCAUGCGCUUUAUUACUAUUUUGUUGAGGCUAAUGAUCAGCAUAAGGCUUCGUUGCCUCUCCUUCUUUGGCUUAAUGGAGGCCCAGGUUGUUCAUCUUUGGCAUAUGGAGCAAUGCAAGAGCUCGGACCAUUCCGCGUGCACAGCGACGGCAAAACACUUUUCGCAAACCGAUUUGCUUGGAAUAAGGCUGCAAACGUUCUGUUCCUGGAGUCUCCUGUCGGGGUAGGGUUUUCGUACUCGAAUACAACAAAAGAUUAUGAAACGCGAGGGGAUACAAACACUGCAGAAGAUAAUUAUGCGUUCCUGGUGAAUUGGUUAGAGAGAUUUCCAGAGUACAAGAACAGGCCUUUCUAUAUUUCUGGAGAAAGCUAUGCUGGCCAUUAUGUUCCUCAGCUUGCACAUACCAUUCUCCGCCAUAACAAGAUGCAGGCUACAAAGACCAUUAUCAACCUCAAAGGAAUCAUGAUCGGAAAUGCAGUAAUCAAUGACGAAACUGAUAACCGGGGAAUGUAUGAUUUCCUUGCGUCCCAUGCUCUCGUCACAGAUGAGGAUGCCUAUAACGUAAACAAUCGUUGUGAUUUUACACCCAAUGUCACCACUCAAAGUAAAGAGUGCAUGGCCUCCAACGAUGCAAUCAACGAUGCUAUUUCCGACAUCGAUAUCUAUAACAUCUAUGCUCCUCGUUGCUUCUCUACCAACGUCACUGAGAAGCCCAAGAAAGCUUCUCUCGUGAUCGAUCCGUGCAGCGACUAUUACGUACAUUUUUACCUGAAUCAGCCUGAUGUUCAAAGAGCUCUUCAUGCCAAUGUAACGAAGAUUACACACGACUGGGAAGCAUGCAGUGAUGUCAUAUCAAACUGGGGAGAUAGCCCACCAACUAUUAUUCCCCUUCUGCAGGAGUUCAUGGCCAAUGGUCUUCGAGUUUGGGUUUUCAGUGGUGACAUCGAUGGAAGGGUUCCAGUUACUUCAACAAAGUAUUCUCUAAAGAAAAUGAACCUUCCUGUCAAGACUGCAUGGUACGCUUGGCACUUGAAUGGAGAGGUUGGUGGAUAUACAGAAGUGUACAAGGGAGACCUAACAUUCGCGACAGUGAGAGAAGCAGGGCAUCAAGUGCCCAGCUACCAGCCUGCCAGAGGCCUUUCUUUGGUCACUCAUUUUCUCAAUGGCACCCCUCUUCCUAACACGACAAGACCAUCUGAUUAAGUGUUCGAUCAACAAUUAAUCAUGUAUUUAUUUUUCUUAAUUAUUUCAUUCUUUUCAAUAAAUUAAUUAUUCGUGUAUAGCAGGUUGCUUUUCUAAUUAAGCAACAUCCUUAAGAAAUUCUGUACACAUUUAUGAUAUUUGGUUCGAUUUGUAUCAACAACGUUCAGAGCUAGAACGUAUAAUAAUAAUAUGCCAAUUUAAUCGGUUCAAAAUUCAAAAAAUCUUGCAAAAUUAAUUUCGCAUGAA